AUGUUUGAUCUACUAAUUCAGGUAUUACUACUAGACAAGGAAACCACUGGUAUGGUCAGUAUAGUCUAUACUCAGUCGGAAAUUUUGCAGAAAGAAGUGUAUCUGGUUGAUCGCUUGGAAACUCCGAAUAGAGAGACUAUGACCCACCUUAAGGCCAUAUGCUUUCUGAGGCCGACACCAGAGAAUGUGACUAUACUUUGCCGAGAGCUCAGAAAGCCGAAAUAUGGUCAGUACUACAUUUUCUUCUCAAACACGCUUUCAUCUGGUGAUUUAGAGCGGUUGGCCGAAGCUGAUGAGCACGAAGUGGUGCGAGAGGUGCAGGAGAUGUUCGGCGACUACUAUGCCAUCAACAACGAUCUGAUUUCUUUGAAUGUGAGAUUUCCGUCUAUUUCUUCGAUGGACAAAUGGGAUGAUACGGCACUGAGGCGGAGUGUGCAAGGGUUUACGUCCUUACUGUUAUCGCUGAAGAAGCGACCUCUGAUCCGAUAUCAAUCAAACUCAAACAUGUGCAAGAAACUUGCUACGGAGAUGUCAAGUGUGAUGCAGAACGAAUCAUCGUUAUUUGACUUCCGCCGCACCGAUUCGCCCCCGCUUAUGAUUAUAUUGGAUCGAAGAGACGACUGUGUGACGCCACUUUUGAAUCAGUGGACAUACCAGGCAAUGGUACAUGAAAGACUGGGCAUCACGAAUCAGCGAGUAUCACUGGCUGGUGCCCCAGGAAUCAAGAAAGACAUGCAGGACAUGGUCUUGUCAUCGGAAACAGACGAAUUCUAUCACAAGAACAUGUUUGAGAAUUUCGGAGAUAUCGGAAUGAGCAUUAAAAAACUGGUGGAUUCCUUUCAAGAAAAAACGAAGAGCAACAAAAAGAUUGACACAAUUGCGGAUAUGCGCUCCUUCAUCGACACUUAUCCUCAAUUCAGGCAAAUGUCCAGUGCGGUGUCGAAACACGUCACUGUAGUGGGCGAGCUUUCUCGUUUAAUGGAUGCACAUCGCUUGCUGGAGGUAUCAGAGACGGAACAGGAUAUCGCCUGUCAGGGUGACCACAGCUCGAUUCUCACACGUGUUCGUCAAUUGAUCGAUGCGGAUAAGGUGACAGACAUGGAUCGUGCCAGGCUGAUACUUUUGUAUGCACUGCGGUUCGACAAAAGCAAUACAAAUUAUAUGACGUCCCUGGUAGAGCAACUGAAGCACAGGCAUCUAGACUCUCACUACAUUUCAUUGGUGAGACAUAUACUUACAUACGGAGGAUACGACGCCCGUCAGAGUGAUUUAUUUGGAAAUAAAAGUUUCUUCGCGUUCACUAAAAAGACGCUGAAAGGUCUUAAGGGUGUUCAAAAUGUAUACACACAACACGAGCCAUUGCUAAUAGAGACGCUCGAUCUGUUAGUGAAAGGAAAGUUGAAAGAUAGUGAUUUUCCAUUCCUGGGACCAAUGCUGAGAGACAAACCCCAGGACAUAAUUGUGAUGAUGGUCGGGGGUGCAACUUACGAAGAGGCUCGCUUUGUCUCGAGAUUCAAUUCGGAAUUGCCAGGGACACGUAUCAUCUUAGCUGGUACACACGUGCACAACGCUGAAAGCUUUAUGGAGCAAGUCAUGGUCGCAGCGGAGGGAGAAACCAGUAUUGAACCGUGAUCAGUGAACGAAGAUCUUGUCUCAAAAUGGCCAUAGUAUUCUCCCACGCAUUGCUUUAAACCGAUUGGCUAUAAGGAAUAGGGGAUUGUAUCUAUGACGUUCUUAUUCGCAAUACUUGCUGAGUGCAUCCUUGCGCUGUGGCUGCACCCUGGGUGGUGUCCCAGCCACAACGAUGUUUGUCGCAAAUGACCGGCACACACCCUGAGAUGUCCAGGUCUUGCAUGCAAUAUGAAGUACCUGUUGCGUACUAGUGCGUUCACAUCACAUUUAUGUCCAUGAAGGAGUUGGGCCUAGGCGUAUGCGCUUUAAUAAAUGAUGCAUGUAUACCA